CCCAACGGCUUGUCAUCGCUACCUCUACACGCCGACACUGCACACUCUGGCGUUUUCCGGAUACAAACCGACCCCCCCGAGAACCGCAUCUCCCGUGUCCAUCUCAGCCACCGCCAUCCACGAUGCCGCAGCCACUCGCCUCGAAAGAGGCGGCCCUCUUCCGCUCCGUCAUCCGCAGUUAUGAGGACAAGCAAUACAAGAGAGGACUCAAGUCCGCAGAGCUCAUCCUCAAGAAGAACCCCAAGCAUGGUGACACCACUGCCAUGAAGGCUCUGAUCUUGAAUGCUCAGGGCAAGACUGAGGAGGCUUUUGCUCUUGGCAAGGUUGCUCUGACAAUGGACAUGAAGUCGCACAUUUGCUGGCACGUGUAUGGCUUGCUGUACCGGGCGAACAAGAACUUCGAGGAGGCAAUCAAGGCAUACAAGUUUGCUCUGCGACUCGAGCCUGAGUCGGCACAGAUCCAGCGCGAUCUUGCUACCCUGCAAGUUCAAAUGCGUGACUAUCAAGGCUACAUCCAGAGCCGGACAGCCAUGCUCCAGGCACGACCACAGCUGCGCCAGAGCUGGACCGCCCUCGCCAUCGCUCACCACAUUUCUGGCAACCCACAUGAGGCUGAGAACGUCUUGACAACUUACGAGGGCACGAUGAAGGGCACACCCUCUCGCAGCGACUUUGAACACUCGGAAGCCGUCAUGUACAAGAACUCGCUCAUUGGCGAGCAAGGGGAUUAUGAGCGAGCCCUGGAACACUUGAACUCUGCGGCUAAGUAUAACCUCGACCGGUUGGCUGUUAUGGAGGCUCGGGCCGAGUAUCUCUCCAAGUUGGGUAGGAAUGAGGAGGCAGCAACAGCAUACAGGGCACUGAUCGACCGUAACUCGGACUACGCCUCGUACUACGACAAGCUUCUCGAGGUUCUUGAUAUCCCCGAGGGAGAUCUCAAGGCCCGAAAGGCGAUCUACGACGAGUAUGCAGACAAGUACCCCCGAUGUGACGCUGCAAGGAGGUUGCCCCUGGACUUCCUGACAGGUGACGAGUUCGAGGAAGCUGCCGAGUCAUACCUGACACUCAUGUUCAACAAGGGCGUUCCCUCAACAUUCGCUAACUUGAAGCAUCUUUACUCCGACUCAUUCAAGAAGGAAACGCUAGCCGAGUUGGCCGAGGAGUAUUUAGAGUCUCAAGAUGCCGAUACCUCGAGCAAGGACAAGGGAGAGGCAGCAGCGCUUUACUACCUGGCACAGCAUCACAACUAUUCUUUGAGUCGGGAUUUGGCCAAGGCGAUGGAGUACGUCGACAAAGCCAUCGAGAAAGAUCCUAAGAGCGUCGACUUCCACAUGACCAAGGCCCGGAUUCUGAAGCACAGUGGAAAUGUGAAAGAGGCUUCUGAGAUGAUGGACCGUGCUAGGAAACUGGAUCUCAAGGACCGAUAUAUCAACACCAAGGCCGCUAAAUAUCAACUUCGCAAUGACGAGAACGAUAAGGCCCUGAAGACGGUGGGCCUCUUCACCCGUGCCGAGACCGUUGGAGGACCAUUUGCAGACCUUUUGGAUAUGCAAUGUAUUUGGUAUCUGACUGAGGAUGGUGAGUCAUAUGCGCGACAGGGCAACCUGGGUCUCGCGCUCAAGCGAUUCCUCGCCGUGUCCAACAUUUUUGAUGUUUGGCAUGAGGAUCAGUUCGAUUUCCACAGUUUCUCUUUAAGGAAGGGACAGAUUCGAGCCUACAUUGAUAUGGUCCGAUGGCAGGACCACGUUCGUGAUCACCCGUUCUUCUCGCGAGCUGCCCUUGAUGCUAUCGACAUCUACCUGAAGCUGGCGGACAAGCCGUCAGCGAAUGGAGUCAACGGAGCGGAGAGUGGUGAUGCUGAGGAUGCUCUUGCCAAGAAGAAGGCAGCCAAGAAGGCAAAGAAGGAAUUGCAGCGUCUAGAGCGGGAGGCUCUCGAGAAGCAGGCCAAGCAGGAUCCCAAUAAGGCUAGCAAGGAUGGAGAAGCGACGAAGACAGACGAAGACCCUCUGGGCUUGAAGCUGGCUGCCACGAGCGAUCCCCUUGGAGAGGCGAUGAAGCUCCUCAGCCACCUGCUUCAGUUUAGUCCCAAGAUCCUUCAGGCCCAGCUCACCGGCUUUGAGGUUUACAUGCGCCGCAAGAAGUACGUUCUUGCGCUUCGCUGCCUCAAUGCUGCGCUGGCUCUUGAUGCCACGUCGCCCAAGGCGCUGGAGCAGUCCGCUGAGUUCAGCAAGCUUCUGAGCACGGCAUCCGAUAUCUCACCGAAGGUCCUGGAGGUGCUAAAGGCCGAGUUCAAGUCUAACUAGCCGUUAACGGAUUGAGUC